AGCAGCUGGGAGCUCGAGCUCGUUACCAGAGAGCCGCGGCGGCAACAGGAGACGGAGAGCAAAACACUAGUUCCACUCCAUGUGACAUAUAGUGAACCUUUAAGCACACAGACAUCACUUUAAUAUGUAGCUCGGGGUUCCUGCAUACUCCUAUCGAGACUUUUGAGUGUCUUCGAAUCAACCAGUCUUCAUUUUGGAGGAUUCCUCCCCCGUCCGCCGUAUCGUAACGAACAGGCAAUGACAACGGCUUCAGCAACUCCGCAGCAGAUGAGAGACCGGCUGCUUCAGGCCAUCGAUAGCCACAGCAAUAUUCACAACAUGGUGGCUGUAUUAGAAGUAAUCACCUAUUUGGAGAAGUACCCCAUUACUAAAGAAGCACUUGAGGAGACCCGCCUGGGGAAGCUGAUCAACGAUGUGAGGAAGUGCAGCGGAGAUGAGGACCUAGCGCGCCGCGCCAAGAAGCUGCUGCGCAGCUGGCAGAGGCUGAUCCAGCCAGGGGCGGAGCCAGCCCGGGGGGGAGGAGCCUCCACAACCUCCUCAGCCAAUGGCGGGGCUCACCCCUGCCGGAUAGAAGUUCCUCCCUCCGUGUCGCUGGCAGGAAGGGGUGUGUCGCUGGCAGGAAGGGGCGGGCCGGAGGUGCGAGUCCGACAUGACGUCCACAACACUUACUCCCCGAAGGCGGAGAAAUCGAGCCGUAAGCGUCGGGGCGCCUCGCCUCCUGCCAAGCUGCCCAGGACCCUCGAGCACCACUCCUCCUUGUCACUGACCAAUGGGGUUGCCAGGAGCUCCGGGGCUCCGCCUGAGGGGGCUUUGCCUGACCGGACCUGGAAAGAACCGCCCCUCGACCAAGACCGGGCUUGGACGGAACCACAGCUUGACCUUGACAAUUACAGCAGGAUCCCAGUGAACGCUGUGAAGCCACGCCCCAGCUCCCCCAGCAACCCGCGGACCCCUGGUGCCCUGGCGCUGCCGACAGCUGCGCUGGACGAGAGGGGGGAUGCCUACCAGACAGUGGGCGGGGCCUGCCAGACAGUGGGCGGGGCCUGCCAGACAGUGGGUGGGGCCUGCCAGACAGGGGGCGGGGCUUGCCAGACAGGGGGCAGGGCCUAUCAGGCCCGUAGCCCGCGCUGCCUCUCCUCCAGCCCCCGCAGUGCAAGACAGGAGACUCUGUCAAAAUGCUCUCUAACCAACACUCCCCGAGGCCCGAGCCCCUCCCAGCCCUCAACCUCCCCUGCCAGGGUGCCCUGUGUGGAGGGGCCCCCCUCGGCCCCCACUCACGCACACUGGUCCAGUUCCUUAGACAAUAACUCCCCUUACAGCACCACCACACUGGACCCCCCCUCUGUCUCCCUGUCCCCCACUUCCUCACACACGCCUGAUGGUUGUCCGCCCAUCCACCCCUCGCCCCCCCCCCCCCUCCUCCGGGAGCCCUGCCCCCUAGACAGGAAGCGUAGGAGGAAGUACCGCUCCAGAGACUACUCUGUGAACUUGGGGGGCCAGAACACAGACGCCACCAAGCCCGUCAGGCUAAAGGAACGCAGAAUCACCUUUGACCCUGUGACGGGACAGAUCAAGCCCAUGGUGCACAGAGAGCCCUCCCACUCAGAUGUGCCCCCUAGCCCGCCCCCCCCAGAACUCCAAAUCAGGACAGAGAGCCCCCUGCACCCCCCUGCCCCCGCCCCGACCCCCAGCACCUUCCAACACACUAACUGGAAGGAGCUUUCCCGUAACGAGAUCAUCCGGUCGUACCUGAGCCUCCAGAGCAGUGUCCUCUCCUCCUCCGGGACUCCCAGCACUCACUCCCUCCUGUCUGGCUGCCUUCAGCAGGAGGACAUCCAGGCCCGGGAGGGUAGGAAGACCCACGUGCUGCAGACCACCGGCUCGGCCUCUGGGCGGCAGGGGGGAGAGGUGACGGGGGAGGAGGUCAGCAGGGUGCACACGCAGCACUGGCCCGGGGUCAACGGCUGCUACGACACUCAAGAGGUCUGGUACGACUGGACACAGUGCAUCUCUCUGGACCCCCACGGGGCAGAGAGCAGACUCCACAUCCUGCCCUAUGUCUGCCUGGACUGAGACAGGGCCGAGAGCGGACUCCACUUCCUGGGUAAGGGUUAGACCCUGGGCCUGACCCUGGGUAAGGGUUAGACCCCUGGCCUGACCCUGGGUAAGGGUUAGACCCCUGGCCUGACCCUGGGUAAGGGUUAGACCCCUGGCCUGACCCUGGGUUAGGGUUAGACCCCUGGCCUGACCCUGGGUAAGGGUUAGACCCCUGGCCUGACCCUGGGUAAGGGUUAGACCCCUGGCCUGAGUGUCUGAACGGGGCUGGGAGGAGAGGAGGAGGAGGAGAUGAAAAGGAACUGUUUUGUUGUCAAACAAGGGCUGUUUCUGUUGUGAUGAGGCACCCGGUUUGCAGAGUGCUGCUACUAGUGAAUGGGGGGUGGGCUUACCGCAGUUACAAGAAGCUUUAUGUGAGAUAAAGAAUAAAUUAUAAGUUCUUAUCAUGUAUCAUUUAUUUAUUUGACCUUUUCUUUGUUUUGUUUUGAGGUUAAUGGUUUACUGAUUCAACCCUGUUAGAGCUGUAUAAUCUCUUAGUGUUCACCUGCAGCAGGCGUUGUGUCAGCUGUCUCUAGGGUUGGCCAGGUGUACUCCUCUCCUCACAGCGCCUAGCAACCACAGCCAGCUACUCCUUAUCAAUGAUACCCUAGCAACUAUGUUUCUUUUUCCAAAAAGUGAUCAGUCCAUCCUUCCACCUUUGAGAAAUGUCAGAAUGUUUUGAAUUCUGACCAGUGAAGAUCACCGUUGUAAAACUGUCUGGUUUCUUCGUUUACAUAGAGGAUGUUUGGUGCAGGGUUUGUGUGAUGUAAGGAGACAUGGCCAGAAGGGGGCUGCUGUGUCCCAGAGGGGGGCUGCUGUGUCCCAGAGGGGGGCUGCUGUGUCCCAGAAGGGGGCUGCUGUGUCCCAGAGGGGGGCUGCUGUGUCCCAGAGGGUGGCUGCUGUGUCCCAGAGGGGGGGCUGCUGUGUCCCAGAGGGGGGGCUGCUGUGUCCCAGAGGGGGGGGCUGCUGUGUCCCAGAGGGGGGGCUGCUGUGUGUUCCUACUAAUGUGCCUUCCAUGUCUGGAUUUGCUUCCACAGAGCUACCUAGCCAGGACCCAGGUCUGUAUGACUCCUAAUGCCAUGUCUGAUUACCUGGGGAAUGCACCGUUCUGCUCAAUGCUUGCCUGGGGGAGGGGGACUUUGCCCUGGGGGGAGGGGGGCACUGCCAGAGGGAAGAGACUGUGCUCUGGGAGUGUGACCAGACCCCCCCCCCCCUUGGGGGUGUGACCAGAAGGUGGACUAACCCCGCCCCCCCGCCGCCACCCUCCUGAGCAGCUCAGUUUGAUUGAGAUUUCUUUAUUUGUUCAGUGUUCAACAUUUCUGUUGUUUUGAAAAAAUAAAGUAAUCUAAAUUCUCUCGUGGUGUGGUUGGUUGGUUGUUUUUUGUAAUGCUGAUACAGUUAAUCCAUUAGAAGCCUGUCAUUAUGAGAUGCAAGUGUGUUUACCAGUAAGUGAGGCAGUAGAGGAGAGACCUGUGCAGUACUGUAGGAGUCCACAGGGGGGAGGCCUUUGGGUUUGCAGUUUCUAAGAAGUGUAUGGUGGGUAGGGUUUUUAAUCAGCAAAAUUACCAUUGCAACUCAUAAACCAGAUGUCACAAUAACCUGACAUGCUAACUUGAUGUCAUACUAACCUGAAAUCAUAAUUAACAUGACUAGCUUAACAUCAUGCUAUCCUGAUGUCAUGCUAACUUAUCAUGCUAUCCUGAUGUCAUGCUAACUUAUCAUGCUAUCCUGAUGUCAUGCAAACCUGCCUGGGUGAAAACUUGUCUGAUGUGAUACAAGACAUUACCUCAUGAAGCACACAUGCAUUAUCACCACACAUACUCACCUGUUCUCACCUCCUCCUCUCCUCCCAGCUGCUUUCCUCCGGCCUAACCACCUCCUCCCUAACCACUUCAUCAUCAUGUCUUCAUCUCCUCUCCAUUUCCACUCGUCCCAGUGCCUCUUCUCCUUCC